AUGGCAGUUCAGGUCUUAGAUUUGAGCACCAAUCGUAUCAAAGAAAUUCCAGAUCUUAUCGGCAACCUCACUUCUUUACAGUCCUUAAAUUUUGAAGACAACUGUUUACAAAGUCUUCCUGCGAACAUAGGGAAUCUGCGGAAAUUGAGAACUCUGCGUUUGGAUCGAAAUCCAAUAACAAAGCUUCCUGUACAACUGGGCCACUUACGACAUCUCAACACACUAACUCUACCCGCUGCUUCUCUUACUUUUCCUCCCAAAGAUGUUUGUGUCGCUGGCGUCUCUUCUGUUCUUUCCUACCUUCGUAAAGCCGGCAAACUCCCUGAAGAUGAUUCUGAGGUAAUAGAGACGGUGGUGGCCACGGAGGCAAAUCAGAACGUUUUCUCCGAAAUGGAUCGAUACUGGCGGGAUAUGGAGACGAAGAGGCGCCAGAACACCGAACUGCACCACCGGGUGGCCGAGGAGUGGCGCGCCCAGGACGAACUUGCACGCCACGCAACCGAAUCGCGCUCCUCCGCCCUCAAGAGGCUCGCUCAGGUGCGUGCGUCCGACUCCCCUUUCCGAGUCGAGUUUGUGGUCCGUGUUGACCUGCGUCUUCUCUCUUUUUUCGUCAUCAACCGCCUACAGGAGGAGACCCGCACUCGCGCCGAACUGGACCGGCUGCAGAAACAGCGCGACCAGCGCCGACAGGAGUUGGUGGCGAGUCUGUGCGACGCUGAGGCCCACGCGGACGCCCUGAUCGCGCGCCUUCGUCAGCGAGACGCCGCGCAGGCCGCGCAUCUCCUCCAGGAGGCCCAAUGGGAAGAGGAUCAAAUGCGCGCCCUCUACCGACACGCCGGGGAACGACUUUCGCGGGAAAACCGUGAAAAAGUCAUAAAUUCAAUGCAAGCAAUGCUUCUGGCCUCGGAGAAGACCCUGAAACACUCUCGCAACUCCAAGAAGGGUUCUCGAUUGAAUGCCGAUGCAAAAUCGGAAGAUGCUGAUCGCGCCCUGCGACGCGUCUUGGCAAACCGGCAGGCCGACCACGCCGUCUUGGCCGCCCAAGUCGCCGUUGAGGAGACGAGGCAGAAGGAGGCCUUCGAGUGCUUCCAACAGCAGCGGGAUCUGAGGCGUCAGCGCAUUGUCGGCGACAUUCGUCUGGUGGAGGAGGAGCUGAGGCGUUUGACGCGAGCCGAGCAGGAGCGACGACGAUUCGAGGGCGCCUCUGCUGCAGCCUGCUUCGCCGAGCGUCGCAGCGACCUCGUUCGUCUGCUGGCCGAGUUGCAGAAGCAGAAGGAGCUGCGCGAAUCGGAGCUACGCUCACGCCUUGUGGAGCUGGAAGAACGAAAAGCUCGCGACGAGACGGACUACUGGCUUGUGCAGUACCAACGACUGAUGGAGAAGAAGCCUCCGCGUCUGCUGAAGGAAGCCUUUGUGGACGACGACGUGUACCAAGUGCUUGCAGCCGCCGACGCCUCCGACUACGCCGCCAACUUCGAAUAUCAUCGCAUCACGUCGGAUCGGCUUCUCUCCUUCACCGACAAUGACUUAAUUAGGGCAAGUUCAUUGAUUUUAAACGAGAGCCUCCUCUUAGAACAACUGAUUGGCGUUCACGCCCUCGGUGCACGUGAAGCGAUCCUUCGCGUCCUCGAAAAAUACAAAGCAAAGCAGAACGUGUCCCUUCCCGAGCCAUCAGCACCUGUUGACGAGGAGGUCAGUGAAGAGGUCUAUUCGGCGAAGUCUCUGGGAGCGGACAUGGACGAGAAGGCAGGGGUAUCUUCGACGGCUGCUGGAGACCUUCCACAACCCUCUGCCCCUCCUGCAAGGAUCGUCGCCCGCUUCGAGAGCGAGUGCUGCGUCUGCCAAGAUGCCGAGUGUUCUACCAUCUUCCUCCCGUGCGGUCACGUGUGCUGUUGUGAGGUCUGCUCAGCACGAGUGUCCACGUGUCCUUUGUGUCGUAGGAUCGUGGAGCAGUGCGUCCAACUCUCUUGA